ACGUUUUUGCUUGUGAGUUGUGUGACACACUGACAAGACAGAUCAAAGAGAUAUUGUAGCGGCGAAGGGAAAACUGAAGAAAAACCAUUAGUUAAAUUGAAAGCUGUGAAACUGGUUCAGAAAUGGCUUGCAGAACCAUGCUCCGUUCUGUUUUCUUAACGGAACCGUGGCGACCCGUUCACUCCAAUCGAGUUUCCGUUUUCCCUCCGUUAUGCACCCGUGGAUCCUCGUCGAGCCGGAGAUUGAAUUGCGAGUGUCGGAUCGCUAGGGCUCGAAGAACUCUGGUGAGUUGCUCCAAUGGCGAGACUCCAUCUUCUCAGGACGAUCAAGGUCCUCCUCAAGAGGCUGUUCUCAAGGCCAUUUCAGAAGUGUCGAAGACAGAAGGGAGAGUUGGACAAACAACGAAUGUGGUUAUUGGAGGUACAGUAACUGAUGAUUCUACCAACGAGUGGCUAGCUUUGGAUCAGAAGGUAAACUCAUACCCAACAGUUAGAGGGUUUACUGCAAUUGGAACUGGAGGUGACGAUUUUGUGCAAGCUAUGGUUGUUGCUGUUGAAUCUGUACUUCAACAUCCAAUACCUGAGGGCCAUGUAAAGCAGAAACUAUCAUCAAGAGGCAAAUAUGUAUCAGUAAAUAUUGGACCGGUUCGAGUCAUUUCCAGUGAGCAGCUGGAUCGUUCCCCCAAUCCACCACCAAUAUUUAAAGAAAAACAAAGGCAAAAAAAGAGAGAAAGUAGGAUCUGCUCUCUUCUGAUAGAUAAUUUAUGGUUCAAGCUGUAUACAACGCCAUGAGGAGAGAUGAUCGGAUGAAAUACUUUUUGUAGUGUGAUUUUCACUUUUAUUUUGUAUAGAAUGCUAAUUAUCUGGGGCAUUAUAGGUGCCCUUGCUCCUCCCCAAUUUCCUUCACUCUUUUUUGCACCCAGUUUAGUCUAAUUUAAUAUUCUUUGAUCAA